CUUAAUACACUAGUUUAAAAGAGAAAAACCAACUUCUGAGGGUGCGGUGCAAGAGACCGAAGUUUAUUCUGCAAAGAUGGGUCCGAAAGCCCUUACUUUGGAGAGGUUCCCCGACAUGAAAAGAAAAGAGCAAAACCAAGUACUAUGUUUGGGUGUAUUUGGUGCUACAUCCACACUGCAACUAGUACAGUACUUUAUCUUCUUUUUUAGCUUGCCCAAUUCUACCAUGGAAAACGCUGUAUGAAAUUGUUUUGGCGCACCCCUUGCGCACGAAACAUGGCGUGGCUGCGUUUUGGCGAUUUGAAACCAGCGUCUUCUCUCCCCUUCUCUUCUCUGACAUUGAUGAUACCCCUUGCACCUUUUUCUCUGUUUCCUUCAAAUUUUCAGCACAUCCCAUGUUCGGUACAGACAAUUCUCAAGCCCCUUCUCCAUAUUUUCUUCCAGAAAAGUGCCUUUUACCCUUCCGUAUUUUCUGUUUUGGCUCUAUAGACUCUAGUCUAUAAGAUUUCAUGCCCAACCAAAAGUUUUCAAGAAGAGAGUACAAUUUUAGUCAGUCUCAGUCCUCUUCUUUGUUGGUGAGCACCUUUGUUCCCCAUCCAUCCCCCCAAGCUGUAGACAACUAUUACUACCAAUUGUUGGAACCCAAAUAUUUAAUUUCUGUGUAUUGUGUUCUAUCAUUAAGUUUUUUUUUUUUUUUCGGUUUAGUAGAAAAAGUUCAGACCUUCCAAAUCUGCAUCUCUAACAAUUUAGGGCGUGAGAUUUUUUUUAGUUUUGGUUUUGCUUGGUAAACACUGUUUGUGAAACGGAUUUCACAAACAGUGUCAAAGUCCACUGAUUUGAUUCCUUGUCUCAAACCAGGGUAUUGAGAGAAAUGUUGAAGGUAUCUAAAGUAUAACACUUCAUGCAAGAUUUUUGUGUUCACAUCUGAAAUAUUUAAGAUUUUUGCGUCUGGGGUUUUCAGUAUAAUGCAAAUUGAAGGCCUCGAACAUGGCCAAUCUUGUUCCCGGUGUCCUCCUCGGGCUUUUGCAGUACAUGAACAGAGAUAUAAAGGUUGUCGGAGAGCACAGGUCGUUGUUAUUGCAAGUUGUGAGCAUUGUUCUGGCGCUUGCAGGCGUGACAAGAUCCAACUGGGUCAGUUUAUUCACGUUGAGCGUGGCUAAUUCGGAGAUCGGAGAAGAAGGGCACCUGCAGAUCGGAGCUAAUUGCGCGGAGGAGAAGAGAAGAAGGGGAGAUGAUUUCGCGGAGGGAGAAGAAGGGGAAAACGCUGGUUACAAUCAAAAGGCCAAAACGCAACGUUUAAUAUUGACAAGUUAUGUUUCGUGCGCAAGGGGCGUGCCAAAACGAUUGCAUACAAAUCUCUGAUGAUUUGAACUUUAGAGGCACAAAACCAAACCUUUUGUUGAUUCAGAGUGACCGCAGCUACACGCUUGCACCAUAGAACCUAUCCCCAAGUCCAUUCUACUGUUUUGGGGGCAAUCGAGUUCCUCCUAUUUGUGUUCAAAAUUUAUGCGUGCAGGUUGUAACUUGUUGCUUGCUCUUCUCAGUUGCUUCUUCAAUUUACAGUGGUUUCCUAUU